CCCGGCUUUACAUUUUUUGUCACUUUCCAAAUCUUUCAUUGUCACCAGCUCUUUCUGGCCCGUUCCUUAAAUUAGCUGGAUAUUUGUUAUUGCCUUGCAUACCGUUCGCAUUGAGAACGGUGUACCCCCCUUUGUCUCGUGUUUCUCCACUGCGGUCGUCGGCUUUCACCCCGCCAAAGCGCGACCCCCCGCCAGUACCUCUUCAACUUCGCGAUAUUGCUCUCUUCUCGUCAAAGUUCACACACAAUGGCAUCCGACGCUCCAGCCGGUGGCUCUCUUGCCGACCGCGUCUCCAAACCAGAAAACACAGAGGCUGUUGGCGAAAAUGGCCAGUCCGACGGCGCUGUACCUCAACAGGGUGGCUCUGAUCUUCAGGAGCCCGAGUACACAGUUGAGGUGAAGCUGAGCGACCUCCAAGCCGAUCCCAACAACCCCCUCUUCUCGGUGAAGAACUUCGAGGAUCUUGGGCUAGAUCCCCGCAUUCUCCAAGGCCUGUCCGCUAUGAACUUCCGUAAACCCUCCAAGAUCCAAGAGCGAGCUCUGCCUUUGUUGAUGGGUAACCCUGCGAAGAACCUGGUCGGUCAAUCUCAGUCAGGAACUGGAAAGACCGCCGCUUUCGUCUUGAACGUCCUCAGCCGUUUGGAUCUGUCAAACGAGCAGCUCCAGAAAACACCACAGGCCUUGAUCUUGGCCCCAACACGAGAAUUGGCUCGUCAGAUUGUUGGCGUCAUCCAGGUUAUGGGACAGUUCCUGGAUGGGCUGAAUAUCGGAACUGCUGUUCCGGCAGAUUCAAAUGCCCGCCCAACGAGAUUAGAAGCGUCUGUUGUCGUUGGUACUCCUGGGACUGUCAUGGAUAUGAUUAAGAAGCGUAUCAUGGUGCCUGCGAAACUCAAGGUUAUUGUGUUGGACGAGGCAGAUAACAUGUUAGACCAGCAAGGUCUGGGUGACCAGUGUAUUCGAGUUAAAGCCCUACUACCAAGGGACAUUCAGGUCGUCCUCUUCUCUGCUACGUUCCCUGUCCACGUGCAUCAAUAUGCCUCAAAAUUUGCACCCAACGCCAACGAACUUACUCUGCAGCAUGAGGAGUUGACAGUGGAAGGAAUUAAACAAUUGUAUCUGGACUGCGCAAACGAUGACGAUAAAUAUAAGACGCUUGUGCAACUCUACGGGUUGCUUACCGUCGGCUCUUCUAUUAUUUUCGUCAAGACCCGUGCGUCCGCUGUGGAGAUCGAGAAGCGAAUGGUCGCCGAGGGCCACACUGUCGCAUCUUUGACCGGUGGUAUCGAAGGUUCCCAGCGUGACAGCAUUAUCGACAAAUUCCGUGCCGGUGAAGCUAAGGUCCUGAUUACCACCAACGUUCUUGCACGUGGUAUCGAUGUGUCUACUGUUUCCAUGGUCAUUAACUACGAUAUCCCUGAAGUUUAUCAGCAAGGCAACCGUGAGCGCCAGGCUGAUUUCCAAACCUACCUGCACCGUAUUGGUCGUACCGGACGUUUCGGCCGUGUUGGUGUCUCGAUCUCAUUCGUCUCAAACCGUGACGAGUGGAAUAUGCUCAACCAGAUCCAGAAAUAUUUCAACACCGAUAUCCAGCGCAUCGACACAAAUGACUGGGAUGAGGUUGAGGAUAUUAUCAAGAAGACAAUCAAGAACACCCGCGCUCAGUCCAACUUCGGACGGUGAGCAUAGAUGCAAUUACCGGCGGAAGCCAGCCUCUUUAUCUCUGGACCAGCCCAAGUGAUGCUCUCUCGAGCUGUAGCUGAGUAGACCAGGAGAUUAAUGGGGACCGCGUCCAUGGGUCGUGAGGUUUAUGUGUGAAGAUUAAUGACUCUUUCUUCGAUGUUAUCAAAGCUAAAGGAAAAUCUAGAGAUACCAGUUGAUUUAUAUACCCA